AUCCAAGACCAAGAAUGGAGUGAGAGAGAUAGAAAGAACGUUGAUUCCGUGCCCCAUAAACCCAUCCAUCUAUCUCUCUUCUCCAUCCAUGGUCAGUCAGUAUAGUAGUAGUUUUAGGUAACUUGUUUUGUAUCCCUCGAUUUGAUCGAACCCUACUCACUCAUCUUUCUCUCUACUGCUUGAGUUGCCAGUAAUGGCAGGGUAUCAGUGGCAGUGCAGGAAAAGAGAGUUUUCAUUGGGAAGGUAACACCCCUUUUUUUGCCCCAGUACUGUCUUACUUCAACCCUCUCACCCUCUCCUUCUUCGGUAAUAACUUUGGAAACUUAUCCUUCUGAUCCCCCGCGUGCACUGUAUGCGUAACCUUGUAAUAACCACCAGAGCAAAGCCUGAGACAACGUUGAUUAGUACUCAAAUUAACUCUCACUCAUUUUCCAAAGGAAAUAUCAUCCCCACAGCAGGCUUUAUCAGAAAAGCCAAGAGGGAAAACCUCUGUAGCUACCUCUUCAUUAACUAUAGCCUCCACUAUCACUAUUUAGGAUUUUCUGUAAAAAGCCUCAUACUUUUCACCAUAAAUCCCGGGAGAGACAACAGACCUGAAAGAAAGACAUACAUAGAGAGAGAAACAAAAUUAGAGGUACUAGAAGGUUUUCUUUCCCUCCUUGUUAUAAGGGUUGUGAACUGUAGUGAGUGAGUGAGUGAGAAGUGAGCAAUGGAAGGUAAUAAUUCUAAUUGUAAUGGCCCUUCUUCUUCAUAUUUGAUGGCUUUUGGAGAAAACAGUGGUGGGCUAUGUCCUAUGUCUAUGAUGAUGAUGCCUUUAGUCACUUCUCAUCAUCAAAUAAAUCCUCCAAAUCCUCAUCAUCAUCAUAAUAAUAACAAUAAUAAUGCAAACACAAACAACUGUCUCUUCCUUCCCAUUCCUUCUUCCACCAACUGCAAUAGCAGUGCAAGCCCUUCCAUCAUGCUUGAUAAUAACACCACCCCUACCAACAACCCUGGGUUAGGAUAUUACUUCAUGGAGAGUGACCACCACCACCACAACAACAACAAUGGAAGCUCCUCUUCCUCUUCUCCAGCUGUCAAGGCCAAGAUCAUGGCCCAUCCUCUCUACCAACGCCUCCUAGCAGCCUAUGUCAAUUGUCAAAAGGUGGGAGCACCACCAGAAGUGGUGGCGAGGUUGGAAGAAGCGUGCGGUUCUGCGGUGGGGAUGGCCGGUGAUGCUGUUGGGUCAGGUUGUAUUGGUGAAGAUCCAGCUCUGGAUCAGUUCAUGGAGGCUUACUGUGAGAUGCUGACCAAGUAUGAGCAAGAGCUCUCCAAACCAUUAAAGGAAGCCAUGCUCUUCCUUCAAAGGAUCGAGUUUCAGUUCAAAAAUCUCACAGUUUCUUCUGACGUUGGUUGUAAUGAGGGCACUGAAAGGAACACUGGAUCAUCUGAAGAGGAUGCUGAUCUAUACAACAUGAUAGAUCCUCAGGCAGAGGACAGGGAAUUAAAGGGUCAGCUUUUGCGUAAGUAUAGCGGAUACUUGGGGAGUUUGAAGCAGGAAUUCAUGAAGAAGAGGAAGAAAGGAAAGCUACCAAAAGAAGCAAGGCAACAAUUACUUGAAUGGUGGAGCAGACAUUACAAAUGGCCUUACCCAUCUGAAUCACAGAAGCUGGCACUGGCAGAGUCAACAGGUUUGGAUCAGAAACAAAUAAACAACUGGUUUAUCAAUCAAAGGAAACGGCACUGGAAGCCUUCAGAGGAUAUGCAGUUUAUGGUUGUGGACCCAAGCCAUCCUCACUAUUACAUGGAUAAUGUUAUGAGUGCUCCCUUUCCCAUGGAUCUCUCCAACCACAUGCUCUAGAAAUUAUGUGGAUUUAAUGCAAAACUGUAAGGGAUUAGUAAAAACCUUGUAUUAUCAUAUAGUAAUAUGCGUAUAUGUAGAGAUCAAUUAAGCAAUAUUGUAAAGUCCUCCAAGAUCAAUGUGCAAAUAGUGCGUUAGUUAGCUUCUAGAUGGAUCAAGUGUGCAUCGUCUACUUAAGGAAAACCAUGAAAAUAAAAUUUAUAUAUGGAGUUAUGAAUAAGUUAAGUUUAUUGAUACGCA